GCAGCGUGGAGCCGGCCGUCUGGGCUCUGGGGCGCGUGGACCAAUGAGGGUGCGGCGUGUGGGAGGGUGCGGGGCUCUCCCGCCAAUGGGGCGCUACGGCGCGCGGCCGGGGCCUGGAGGCAACGCAGCGCGGCGGGCGCGGUUCAGUCGGGCGGCGGCGGCGGCGGUGGAGGAUGUGGGCCACGCACGGGCUGGCGGUGGCGGUGGCGUUGAGCGUGCUGCCGGGCAGUCGGUCGCUGCGACCCGGCGACUGCGAAGUGUGUAUUUCCUACCUGGGAAGGUUUUACCAGGACCUCAAAAACAGAGAUGUCACAUUCUCACCAGCUUCUGUUGAAAAAGAACUUACAAAGUUCUGCCGUGAAGCAAGAGGCAAAGAGAAUCGGUUGUGCUACUACAUUGGGGCCACAGAUGAUGCAGCCACCAAGAUCAUCAAUGAGGUGUCAAAGCCCCUGGCCCACCACAUCCCUGUGGAGAAGAUCUGUGAGAAGCUCAAGAAGAAGGACAGCCAGAUCUGUGAGCUAAAGUAUGACAAGCAGAUCGACCUGAGCACAGUGGACCUGAAGAAGCUCCGAGUUAAAGAGCUAAAGAAGAUCCUGGAUGACUGGGGGGAGACGUGCAAAGGCUGUGCAGAGAAGUCUGACUACAUCCGGAAGAUUAAUGAACUGAUGCCUAAAUACGCCCCUAAGGCAGCCAGUUCCCGGACUGAUUUGUAGUCUGCCUGACCCCUGCUGCACCUGAGGGAAAAAACAGUUCAUCUGGGUCUUCCCCAAACAGCCUUUUUGUAAUUUAUUUUUUAGGCCGGCUCCUGACAAUGUCAGGUGUGAAGCCUGGAGCUUUCCUGAUGAUGCUGGCUCCACAGCGCCCCCGUGGGGGGAUUCACUUCGUUCUGUUGCUGGUUUACUCUAGGACUUCAAAGUGUGUCUGGGAUUUUUUUAUUAAAGGAAGAAAAUUUCUAGCUGUCCUUGGAGAAUUAAAGUGAAUACUCAAACAGGG